AUGGGGAGGGCUAGCUCGGCUGUAGCGAAAUAUGAGCAACUGGAAUGAAAUCCAGGCGUUUGCUAAAGAUUGCUUUGCUUGCUGUGAUGGGGGAGGUGAAUGCGUGGUAUUCUGUAUUGUGACGCUAUGAUGCUGCGAGGCUACUGGUGAAUAGGUUGCCUUCCUCGUUCCUCUCCUUGUGAGGUUCGUCUCUUUGGCUCAAUUUUUGGCUGACUGAUAUGGCAAUUAGGCUCUGUUUCCGAGCAACUGACAUGACAAUUAUAGUCUUCAGUAACUGAGAGCCUCUAUUUUAAUUACAGCACGAUGCUGCGAGGCUAUGAAGUACUGGUGAAUAAAUCAGCCUCCCUCCUUCCCAUCUGCCAUGUGAACUCCCGAACUGGGUCGGCGAAAGCCUCCGUCAACCAACCAGCACCGUCCGAUCCCGCCCGAGAGAGCCUCGGAACAUGACGUGAGGCUAUUUAUGCGGGGAUGGAUGCGGAAUGUGAUUCUAAAAAGGCAUCUAGUGAGAAAUUCCACGAUUUAUAUAUGAACACUCCCGCCUCCCACAAUCCGGAGCGCGAUUUUCUAGCUAAUUCUCAUCACGUUAUUCAUACUCAAACAUCAACCCCCCCACCCCGCCCAAUCACCACUCGCUAAAUAGAUCUUAAGAAAGAUCUGUUCCAUACGCAAAUCUUAUUCAUCUCCGCACUCAAUCAACCCAAACCGCAAUCAUGGUUAAAGCUGUUGUCGCCGGUGCCUCUGGUGGAAUUGGACAGCCGCUGUCCCUCCUCCUCAAGCUCAGCCCUCUCAUCGAUGAGCUCGCCCUCUACGAUGUUGUCAACACCCCAGGUGUUGCUGCCGAUCUCUCCCACAUCUCCUCCAAGGCCAAGAUCACCGGCUACCUGCCAAAGGAUGACGGCGCGAAGCUCGCCUUCCAGAACGCAGACAUCAUUGUCAUCCCCGCUGGCAUUCCCCGCAAGCCAGGAAUGACCCGUGAUGAUCUCUUCAACAUCAACGCCGGUAUCGUCAAGGGCCUCAUCGAGGUCAUCGCCGAUGUCGCCCCCAAAGCCUUCAUCCUCAUCAUCUCCAACCCCGUCAACUCCACCGUCCCCAUCGCCGCCGAGGUCCUGAAGGCCAAGGGCGUCUUCAACCCCCAGCGCCUCUUCGGCGUCACUACCCUCGACGUCGUCCGCGCCGAGACCUUCGUCGCCGAGAUCACUGGCGCCAAGAACCCCCAGGAGACCACCAUCCCCGUCAUCGGUGGCCACUCCGGCGAGACCAUCGUCCCCCUCUUCAGCCAGGCCAAGCCCUCCGUCUCCAUCCCGGCCGACAAGCUCGCCGCCCUCGUCAACCGCGUCCAGUUCGGUGGUGAUGAGGUCGUCAAGGCCAAGGACGGUGCUGGCUCUGCCACCCUCUCCAUGGCUUACGCCGGUUUCCGCUUCGCUGAGAAGGUCCUCCGCGCUGCUGCUGGCGAGAAGAACAUCGUUGAGCCAACCUUUGUCAACCUUGCCGUUCCAGGCGGUGACGCCAUCAAGGCUGCUGUCGGUGGACUCGAGUUCUUCUCCGUCCCCGUUGAGCUUGGCCCCAACGGUGCCGAGAAGGCCCAGAACCCCCUCGCCUCGCUGGACGACAACGAGAAGACCCUCCUUAAGGCUGCUGUUGAGGGCCUUAAGGGUAACAUCGAGAAGGGUGUUACCUUCGCCCACAACCCUCCCCAAAAGUAGAUUGUGAUUUAAUCCUCUCAGCCGCGCUUUGCACUAUGAUCAAUGAAGCCUUUUGAGCAAGAUACAUGACCAGUUUAACGAUUUUGAGGGAAUAUAAAAAGUAAACAUGACGAGCCCC